GCGCAAAGGUCACUUCCUGUACCCUACACAUGGGCGAAGGUUUCAUCACAAUUUUGCGAUCAAGCUGAUGCAAAUAACUGUAAAACAUUCGAUUGCCUAACAGAGUGCAAGAUGGCACAGCGGUUGUUUAGUUAUAUUGGAAAACUCGGACUUGGUCUGGCAGUUGCUGGUGGAGUUGUUCAAACAGCACUUUUCAACGUUGACGGUGGACACAGAGCAGUUAUAUUUGAUCGUUUCCAAGGAGUGAGAGAAUAUGUUGUAGGAGAGGGAACUCACUUUCUUAUUCCAUGGGUACAGAAACCAAUAAUCUUUGAUGUUCGAUCCAGACCCCGCAAUAUUCCUGUUGUCACAGGAAGCAAAGACUUGCAGAAUGUCAACAUCACUUUGAGAAUCCUGUUCCGCCCCAAGGUAGAUCAGCUGCCAAAGCUGUUCUCUAACAUCGGUGUUGAUUAUGAUGAGAGAGUCCUCCCUUCCAUCACUAAUGAAGUGUUGAAAGCUGUUGUAGCCCAAUUUGAUGCCAGUGAGAUGAUCACACAGAGAGAGCUGGUAUCACAGAGAGUCAGCGAGGAACUCACGGAUCGAGCACUUCAGUUUGGGAUGAUACUUGAUGACAUCUCCUUGACACAUUUAACAUUUGGCAAAGAGUUCACAGAAGCUGUUGAGAUGAAGCAGGUUGCCCAGCAGGAUGCUGAGAGGGCUAGAUAUAUUGUAGAGAAGGCUGAGCAACAGAAAAAAGCUGCCAUCAUUUCUGCCGAGGGCGAUUCCAGUGCUGCUAAUCUCCUGGCCAAGGCAUUUGGUGAGGCGGGAGAGGGUCUGGUGGAACUGAGGAAGAUAGAAGCUGCAGAAGACAUCGCCUACCAGCUGUCCCGGACUAGGAACGUCAUCUACCUCCCCAAAGGGCAGCAGACACUCCUGGCUCUGCCUCAGUAAAUGUUGUGACAGACAGAGACUGUGUAUGACCAGAAACGGACGCUGAUGUCAACUUUUUGUGUUACCCAGAAUUCUUCAGGAUUCAAGGGACACCAGGAACAUUUUUGAAAAUAUUUGAUCAUAUUGCCAUCAUGAUGUAGAUUCAUAUUAGAAGAGCUUGUCCUCAUGAAGAAUGUGUUCUAUCACAAAAUCAAGUCAUUUUCUUAGAUGAUUACAUGUCCCGUUCUAUUCCUUGUUUUGUAAUAAUGCAGAAAAAAUUGUUAGUAGGAAUACUGGUGAUAUAGAUCAUAUAUUCAAGAUCUGUUUGUAUGUAUUGACAACCUCAGUGUAAGUGAUAGAUACAGUCUUGGGCCUGUAGACUUGAGGUUGAUAAACAUUCUGUAGACAGUGCUGAAUGCAGUGUGCGUGUGCUAUGAAUAAUACAAUAACAUUAUACAUACUUGGAAAUAAAUAUAUGUAUGUU